AUGACCAGUCACACGACGACACCACACGGCUCCACCGCCACCAGUCUGCCCAGUGACCACACGACGACACCACACGGCUCCACCGCCACCAGUCUGCCCAGUGACCACACGACGACACCACACGGCUCCACCAGACUGCCCAGUGACCACACGACGACACCACACGGCUCCACCAGACUGCCCAGUGACCACACGACGACACCACACGGCUCCACCGCCACCAGUCUGCCCAGUGACCACACGACGACACCACACGGCUCCACCGCCACCAGGCUUUCACCGCAGAAGCUGGAAGAGCUGCUAGGUCACAUUGCAGAAGUGGAGGCGAGAGAUAACCGUGGCCUGGACCAGAAGCUGGGCGGCGUGCUGAUGUCCUCCAACACGACUCCUGUAGCCGUUAUGACCAGUCACACGACGACACCACACGGCUCCACCAGUCUGCCCAGUGACCACACGACUACACCACACGGCUCCACCAGUCUGCCCAGUGACCACACGACUACACCACACGGCUCCACCAGUCUUGACCACACGACGACACCACACGGCUCCACCAGUCUGCCCAGUGACCACACGACGACACCACACGGCUCCACCAGACUGCCCAGUGACCACACGACGACACCACACGGCUCCACCGCCACCAGUCUGUCCAGUGACCACACGACGACACCACACGGCUCCACCAGUCUGUCCAGUGACCACACGACGACACCACACGGCUCCACCGCCACCAGUCUGUCCAGUGACCACACGACGACACCACACGGCUCCACCGCCACCAGUCUGUCCAGUGACCACACGACGACACCACAUGGCUCCACCGCCACCAGUCGUCCCAGUGACCACACAGUAACGCAUGGAUCCACCAGCACAACAACCCGCAGCUCACCUGUUUCUGUUUCCCCAAAUAAUCCAAUCACAUCGGAGAGUACGAGCUCACCGCCGGCCCCGCCACCAACCUCGGCCAGCGACGGUGUUCCUGGGUGGGGAAUCGCUCUGCUGGUGCUUGCUGCUCUGCUUCUGCUGCUGAUGAUCCUGUUGCUGAUCGGACUGCUGGUGUGGUGCUGCUGCUUCAGGGGGCACAACAACAGCUUCAGUCCCUACGACCUCAGAGACGACAUCCCUCUGUACACCACACAUGGCCGCUUCGAAGGACCCAAUGGGAGACAAUUCGGACACAUCACAAGGCUAGAGACCUAUCACACGACGACACCACACGGCUCCACCAGUCUGCCCAGUGACCACACGACUACACCACACGGCUCCACCAGUCUGCCCAGUGACCACACGACGACACCACACGGCUCCACCAGACUGCCCAGUGACCACACAACUACACCACACGGCUCCACCAGACUGCCCAGUGACCACACAACUACACCACACGGCUCCACCAGUCUGCCCAGUGACCACACGACGACACCACACGGCUCCACCAGUCUGCCCAGUGACCACACGACGACACCACACGGCUCCACCGCCACCAGUCUGCCCAGUGACCACACGACGACACCACACGGCUCCACCAGUCUGCCCAGUGACCACACAGUAACACAUGGAUCCACCAGCACAACAACCCGCAGCUCACCUGUUUCUGUUUCCCCAAAUAAUCCAAUCACAUCGGAGAGUACGAGCUCGCCGCCGGCCCCGCCACCAACCUCGGCCAGCGACGGUGUUCCUGGGUGGGGAAUCGCUCUGCUGGUGCUUGCUGCUCUGCUUCUGCUGCUGAUGAUCCUGUUGCUGAUCGGAGUGCUGGUGUGGUGCUGCUGCUUCAGGGGGCACAACAACAGCUUCAGUCCCUACGACCUCAGAGACGACAUCCCUCUGUACACCACACAUGGCCGCUUCGAAGGACCCAAUGGGAGACAAUUCGACCUGUGGCAGCAAAGCAGCAACAAACCAUGA